AUGAACCUCAACAGCAUGCUGAUUGAGAACAUCCGCUCGCACGACUACUUCAAGGGGCUCGGCGAGCUCUCCACUUUCGAGGAGGUCGUCGACCAGAUCUACUACGACUGCACGUACAUCACCCCGUGGCGGCCCGGCACACACAAGGCGCAGCGCGCCGCGGGCAUGUGCUCUGGCCUGCGGGGCGUCUCGAACGCGGGCGUGCCAUCGACGGCGUACAUGCUGCUCUUCAAGCUCUACACGCUGCAGCUCACCCGCAACCAGAUCCUGCGCCUCGUCACGCACAAAGACUCGCCGUACAUCCGCGCGAUCGGCCUGCUGUACCUGCGCUACGUCUGCGAGCCCAAGGAGCUGUGGGGGUGGUACGAGCCGUACGUGAGCGACCCGGAGAUGUGGUCCCAGCUCGGCGAGGGCGGAGAGCGGAGCACCCUCGGUUCCUUCGUCCGCCGCCUCUGCACCGAGCUCGAGUGGUACGACACGAUGCUGCCUCGCCUGCCUGUCCCCGUCGCCCGGGACAUUGAAAAGAAGCUCGCUGAG